AUGGUGGGUUAUUCAGGAACUAUAGACGAAAAACAACCAGUAGCCAUGCAAGCCUAUCACCAUCCCGUCGAGAUAUCUGACAUCACAAGAGCAAGACACACUGAUGAGAUCGUGAAGCGUCUGAUAUCUGCCCUGCCGAAAGAUAUGCGACGUGAACGCUGGUCAAGGUCAAAGAAGAACUUAUGCAAGGUCCAUCAAGGUUUGAAUCCCGAUAUCAUGUACGAUGUAUUCAGACUUUUGCAGAGGGAAGUCGGUCACCACCUUCGCAAGUUUGACGCAUACCCGCAUCUGCUAAAGCCUCUCGAUAUCUUGAUCCUGAAGAAGCUGCAAGCUAUUCGGGGCAUGUGGAAGAGGCCAGACCCGGAAGAUCCCGAUGCCCCAAAUGCGUGGGACUAUGAGACCAGCUGCUGUCAAGGGUGUAUGGUGGCUCGGGUCGCCAGUGACAAGAGUGCACUGCGCAACCUUCGCAUCGCCUUGCUCUCUCGUACGCAGACUCGCUUGAAGCAUGUUCCUCGCAGACUCAUGAAGUUCAUCGAUAGCUGCAUUGACCUGUUUCCAGAUGACGUGGACGAGCUGUAUGGCACAUCCAGCCAGUUCGCAUAUAUCUUAAAGGAUACCCGCAAGGCUUGUAGUAAGGCUUGGGCGAGGGACCCGGCUCAUGCAGACUCGAGGCGCCGACGGCAUGGAGACGGCAGUCGUCACGGGGCCGACAACAGCGGUAAAACCAAGAGGAGCAACAAGAGCGUACGAAACCAUAGCCCGACCACAGAGUAUAACCCAAGGAAGAAGUAUGCUCAACCACCACCACCAAUUUCAGUUUCUCACCCCGUAGAAAGGUAUGCCCCUAAUCCUUCGUUUUCGUCUCGACGUACUGACCCUAACAUGGAAGGAGCCAGCACAUAUCAUCCAACGUCAAGCCUUUCAAGGAAAGUUUCAAGUUCACCGGACCACGUCAAGCGAUAUCGUCGGCGUUCUCCCGAUUCAGAUCGCAUUACCAGGCUCAUGGAUUUUGCUGACGACAACUACCAAGAAUUGGAAGUCAGCGCAGUGGCACGGACUGCGAGUUCUGUGUAUGGGCCUCCUGGAAAUCCUCCUUCGCCUAGUGUUGCAAGUGCUGCCUAUGGGACCUUGGACGAGAUUAAUGAAUUGCUGGAGAUGUAUCAGAGUUUGGGAACAAAUCCCUACUUGGAAGAUACACCGGAACAUUCAUCCCCGUCAAUUUGUACCACAAGCUGUGAGUGGACUGAUGAAGGCGAGUACCGGAACCGGAGGGAGGCAGAAAGGUCUUCAGCGAGGACCACUUGGGAUCUGGUGUGUGAACAGUCGAAUAUGAUUUGA